AUGAGGAUGGAUAAGAGGUCUCGGAGCUCUUCCAGGGAGUCUCACAGGAGACGCAGAGAGUCCCCAGCUACACAGAAUAAACAAGAGAAGAGGGAGACGAGCAGAGAAGCCAGCAAAAGGAGGGGAGAUGUAAAGCAAGAGAAAGCAAAGGAGAUCAAGAGCACCGUGGGGACUGAUGGCAGAGUGCAGACGUCCACAGUGGUGGAUGUCGAUGGUGUGAUAUCUGACGAAGAAAUGGAGGCCAUGGCGUUGCUGGACAGCGAGCAGCAAGAGGAAGGUGUAAGGUCUCCAGGUCUGAGCAUCUGUGAGUGGCUUCUGACCAUCUUGUCUUUCCUGUUCGUCAUAAUGACCUUCCCCGUUUCUGUCUGGUUCUGCAUGAAGGUAGUGCGGGAGUACGAGAGAGCCAUCGUUUUCCGGCUUGGGCAUCUCCUUCCUGGCAGAGCCAGAGGGCCUGGCCUUUUCUUUUUCCUCCCCUGUCUGGACACGUACCACAAGGUAGACCUCCGCCUCAAAACCCUAGAGAUUCCCUUCCAUCAGGUAGUGACCAAAGACAUGGUUACCUUGGAGAUAGAUGCUGUCUGCUACUACCGGUUGGAGAACGCCUCUCUUCUCCUUACCACCCUGACCAGCAUAUCCAGUGCCAUCCAGCUGCUGGUGCAGACCACCACGAAGCGCCUUGUGGCACAUCGAGCCUUCUCUGAACUUCUCUUGGAGAGGAAAAGCAUCAGCAAGGAAAUAAAGGUGGCUUUAGAUGCGGUCACAGGCUGCUGGGGGAUCAAAGUGGAGAGAACAGAAAUCAACAACGUGCAGCUGCCUGCUGAAGUCCGGCAGUCCCUGGCAGUGGAAGCAGAGGCCCAGAGACAGGCCAAAGUACGGGUGAUCGCUGCUGAGGGGGAAAAGGCUGCUUCUGAGUCCCUGCGGAUGGCAGCUGAGAUCCUGUCCAGUGCCCCGGCUGCUGCUCAGCUCCGUUACCUCCAUGCACUGCACAACCUUACCGCAGAGAAACCUACUGCUUUCAUACUGCCCUUGCCUUUGGAUGUCAUGAACAUGGUCUCUCCGGGUACCCACAGGCCCCCUGCAGCAAGCAGCCUCCUCACAGACACCACAAAGCCCUCAGAAAGCCUGAAAGACACGAAGGACUCACCCAUGCUCUAA